GAAGGACAUUUUCGGAGCCUCCAGAUGAUAACUCCUACCACGCGAGAUCAUCGUGCGCACCCGAUAACCUGCGCAAUUUUGUGCUAGUGCGUGCAUACGUCAUCCCUUGACGCUUAAGAGCAACACACUGGCAUACGCCUGAACGGAUCGAGCAGUAAAUCUUAUCGCAUAAAUACAAACUAUGGUGGCCCAUACCGUACUUCUGGACUUCACCGUGUCCAGUAGCGUAAUUGCCGACAUGGAGAAGCGGUCGGGUUUGAAAUCGGCGAUUGCGAAUGUACUGGCGGAACAUUUUACCGGUCUCAAACCACUGACAGAAUCGAACAUCGACGGCAGUUUGCUCGUUUUAUAUACCGGUCCCAGGGGCAGUCUGAUCACUGUCAGAGGGUACACAGAGGGUCUGAUCACGUUAAACAUCGAGUAUUACAAGCAAGAUGACCAGGAGGCACUCUUAACUUUCGAGUUGGCCAAAGAAUUGGAAGUGGCAUUGCAGACAGCGGCAACCGCUACACGGUCGCACACGCUUACUCCGAUUAAACGCGGUGGACCCUUUGAGAGAUACUAUCCUACCGCCGACGAGCGACUGCUGGAAUAUGACAUCGACAAGCUCGUGUUCGAGGCUAGAUCACCGUAUCAGAAGGUACAAAUUGUGCACUCCAAAUCUCUAGGCAAUCUGCUGGUACUCGACGAGCUGCAAAAUAUGUCCGAGGCGGAUCUUAUAUAUACAGAAACGCUGAUGCAACGAGGCAAAGAAAAUUAUGCUGGCAAGGAAAUUGUGAUACUUGGUGGUGGCGAUGGCGGCCUAUUGUGGGAAUUGUUGAAGGAGAAACCAAAAUUCGUCACGAUGUUAGAAAUCGAUGACAUCGUCAUGAAAGCUUGUAGUCAACAUAUGCGGAGCAUAUGCGGUGACUGCCUAGACAAGAGAAAGGGCGAUAAUUAUGAAAUUAUUGUCGGCGAUUGCGUGAAAGCAUUAGCCCACAUGAUCGAAGAAGGACGAAAAUUCGACUACGUCUUUGGCGAUCUGACAGACAUUCCUAUUAGUACAACGCCACAUGGUGAUGCCUGGGAUUUUAUUAGAUUAAUACUCAACUCUUCUAUGAAGGUGUUGAAGUCUACUGGGAAGUAUAUGACGCAUGGAAAUGGCGCGUCAUGUCCGGAGUCUUUAAAGAUGUAUGAAGAAGUCCUAUCGCAACUGUGCGUACCAGUCACGUUCACAAAAGAUCGCGCUUUUGUUCCAUCUUUUUUCGAGGACUGGAUCUUCUAUCAAGUCUCACUGAAAUGAUGGAGUAAAGAAUGUUCGGGCAGAACCUGGAGGACCAUGACAAACCGGCCUCCUCACAGUCUGCUGCCUGUCUUAUGACCCAAGCUCUACUUCCUAGUUCUAGCUUUAUUAAUUAAUGAAAUUAGUUCCUGAUUGAGAUGAAUCAAACUAUUAUUAAUUCAUUUUGUUACAAGAAUUGAUUGUGCUGUUUUCUUUCUCGUUAGAUUUUCAAGAUUUGUUUUGAUAUCAGCGUUGGAAGAUGAAUCUAAAAAAUAAUAGAUGGCGAUAGAGAAAAGAUAUGUACGUUUUUAUAAGAAAAUAUUUUUUUCUUAUAUUUUUGAUCGGUAUAGAAUUAACAGCAAUGAUAGAACG